AUGGAUGGUUCUCAGGACUUGUUCGACGGUAGCUGGGAUGUUAGGACUACACAUGUACUCAAUACUUCAUAUUGGUCCGAUAAGGCUUCUAUUUCAUCUAUAGCAUUGUUGAAGAGCCUGUGUAGCAAUGGAAGUAUGGUUGAAUUCGCGAUGGAGCCACCCGGUGUUUUGGUGUGCCGAAUACCGGAGCAGAAUGUUACCGUGAACAUGUUGGAUCCCAGCGGCUUGUGCAAUCGUAGGGGUGAAAUGUACACAAUUGGAGACGUAGUUUUGCUUUUGUGCAUUCGUAGAUCCGAAUACACGUAUAGCUCCAUAAGUAACCGUGGUUUCAGGUAUAUAAACGUUUUGGAACGUGAUCGUAUCAAAUCUAUUUUGUGUGAUUCAGAAACCUCGCCCGAGCUGCUAGAGGCUAAAACGCGCUAUAUAUCGAUAUAUAAAGACCCGAGUUGCACUGUGCCCGGCAGCAAAGAUCCCGGGGAUGGAAUGUGCAUACCUAAACGUUAUGGGUCAAAGCGUUUAAUUGACAACGUAAUGAAGCAGGUUGAAGAAUCAUACUGUGUGCUUAUAAACCACCCUGACCCCGAAGGAAUGGACUACAGAUUGGCUAAAAAGCAGCAUCGUAACAUCUGCGUUGUGGCCACAGCGUUGAUUGAUCUCCCUUUGAGGAAUCGCACAACGGUUAUCACGGCAUAUGGUGAAGGUUUCGAACGCAUUGUCCGCAAGCUUGAAGAUUCGCAAACUACAAAGGCUGUGCCUAAGGUAGUUGUUGCUCCGAAGCCAUUGGCUAAGAUACUACGCAUCAACAACAAGAUGCGUGUAUUGGACGAGAUCUGCUGCAAAUAUCGGAAGAAACCUGUAAUAAUAGUACCUAGUAGUGCUAUGUCUAUUGUGUGCCGUCAAAACAUCAAAAGGCUAUUGGAGGACCAUGAGUUUGUUGAUCCCCAGGAGUCUAUGAGAAACGAUGGUCCUAUCGUUUCUAGUCUGCCUAUGAACGCAGUUGAGGUUGUCCACAAAAUCUGUGGAAGGGCAAUCAAGUUCCGCGUAGUGGAGAAUUCCUACACGACAAAGUUCACCACGUCUGAUUGGAUCAGCGUGGUAUGUGUAGUGCUAAACGCCAAGGGUGGCCAGUGGCAGUUCAACGGGUAUCCAUUUGACUCCUUCGUCGAUAUGUUUUUGACUAUAAAGUGUGCUCUUUUCACUUACGACACUGACAACGUCCCCGGUGAGAUGGCCAAUUGGGAUCUGAAGGUGUUUCGCAUUAACCGGAGUCACCGGCAUCAUGAUGCGUCGAUUGCUAAAGAGUUUUGGCAAUAUAUAGAAAGCUUCCUUCUGCAACCACGUAAUCGCAAAAUACACCCCUCCAAGAGGCUCUCGUGA